AUGGGUAAAGAAAACGAGUAUUUGUUAAAAUUAUUAAAAGAAAAAAAUGGAACAAUUAAUAUUUUGGAAGGCAUGCUUAAGGAGAGAAAUGAUGCCAACAGAGUUUUAGAAAACCGCAUUUGGUUUCUGCAAAAUCAGGAACACAAGAAAACAUCAGGUAUCAUAGAUGAGGACAAUAAAUUGGUAGACGUGCUCAACCAACUAUUUGACAAUUGUUUCCAAACUAUAAAUAAGAGCAUCAAUGACUCAAUGCAAGAAAUUCAAAAUGAGUUGAAGGACAUUAAAAAAGAACAAACAAAAAAUGGCAAUCAGCUGCAAACUGUAACUGACACAGUGCAAGAAAUGAGUAAGGAAUUGAAGAACAUUAAAGAAGGAGAAAAUAUAAAGGUCCAAUUAAGUGUUGAAGAUUUGAAUGACUCAAGUCCUGAUUACAAAUCAUCUUUGCUAAAAUUUCCACCACCUCAUCAACUAAUGGGCACUUCACAAGGUUUUGUACCGGCAGUACAUUCCCGAGCAAUCAAUUCAAGUAUUGUUUCACAGCCUCAAAGUCCUAAACCAACUUUACCUGCUUCUACCUUAAAGCAAAUUGGAUUUGGUGUUAAACCAUCUUUAGCAGUUCCACCAUCUGAAGGUUUAUUACAGAAAAAUGAAACUCUUGAACAGCCAGUAAUUUCAUCUAAAGCUCCGAACACCUGUGGGCUUUUUGGCCAGAGUAUUUAUAGACCUGCCAGCACUAAUUCCGUAGCUUCCUCAGCAGUUACUGAGCAAAUAGUAACCCCUGUUGAAAAUCUAGAACCAGUGAAAUUGAGUCCACAGAUUUGGUCGGCAAGACUUGAGAGACCUCCAAAAUAUGAAAAUGAAGGUAAAGAGUUUUUGCCUGCUGCUAAUUUUAAGCCCGUAGUUAAGAAAAUCCCUGGUUCGUUAAAGAACAAAACAGGGAAAGAAAAUGCCAAAAUCAAAUUUGAAGAACACUGCGAACUCUUCAGCAAAUUUGAUAACCGCUGCGUAGAAAAACCAAAAUGGAAAAGGGAUCAUGGCAUUAUUGGCAAUAUUAAAAUUGUCAAAGAAGAUGGAUUACGUUUGGUGUUGGUACCGGAUAUAGUAAAAACUAUUCCAUUCUCUGUUCAAACACAUAUUAGUUACUACAAAGAAUGCCUUAACCAUCAAGUGCCCAAAGACAUGUCAUUUGAACAGAUCUCCACCAAUCCCAGAGAGGUCAGAUGGGAUGCACAAGUUUUUUCUGAAGGAAUCCCAAUAACCCAAACAUAUCUAGCUCUAUUUGAGAACAACAUAUUGGCUAGUAAUUUUUUAACGACCAUUCAUCAUCUUCAAAUGUCUUUGGAUGUAAAAGAUGGGGUAGCUUCAUAUGGAAGGUCCCUGGCAAAGUAUCCUUAG